CAUCAUUCCUCAAAUCCUCAUUAAGUCCAACUUCACCACCUUCAUUGGCUCCUCAUGCCUUGCUUUCAAACACAUCCUUUCUUCUCUCGUUUCUCCCAAUAAUUUGUUUCGCCCCAAAUCAUUCAUUUCUUCCAAUACCCAAAAAAAAAAAAGGAGCAAAUAAGAUGUGUUCCUCUAAUAAGUUGAAAUUGCACCGGGGGACUAAUGUUACCCCAACUAUAGCUCAAAUCAAUGGCCGUCCUGUCCUUCAGCCAACUUGCAACCAGGUUUUUAGCUUAGAAAGACGCAAUUCGGUUAAGAAGAGUUCCCCCACAAAUGCUCCUUCUCCAAAAUCUACACCUUCAACCCCGCCAACUGACACCGCUAAUGCUAGAGCGAAGCCUUCAUUGUCACCACCAAUCUCUCCCAAGUUAAAAUCGCCAAGACUGCCAGCGCUUAAGAGAAUCAACGGUCCUAAUGGGCUGAAUUCUAGAGCUGACAUCGUCUUGGCACCACCAUGCUCAACCAAACCGGCGACUCCAAUAAAAAGGCCUAAAAAAGCUGGUGGUGCUGGAGCUGCACCUCCUGUUGACACCUUCACAUUGAAAUAUCGUUCCUCUAUGAUAGUUGAGGCCCCAGGAAGCAUAGCAGCUGCGAGGAGGGAACAAAUGGCAAUGAUGCAAGAACAACGAAAGAUACGAACUGCCCAUUAUGGAAGAACAACCUUUGCCAAGUAUGAAGGGAAGGUAGCUCCUCUUGAUUCAUCGAGUGGUCAGGAGGAAAAAAGAUGUACUUUUAUCACACCAAACUCAGAUCCCAUCUAUGUUGCUUACCAUGAUGAAGAAUGGGGAGUUCCAGUCCACGAUGAUAAGCUGUUGUUGGAAUUGCUAGUGUUGACUGCCGCACAAGUUGGAUCAGAUUGGACUUCAAUCUUGAAGAAACGGCAAUUGUUUAGGGAUGCCUUUUCCGGGUUUGAUGCAGAAAUCAUCUCCAGAUUAACUGAAAAGAAGAUAAUGUCGAUCAGUGCCGAUUAUGGAAUAAACUUGAGCCAAGUUCGAGGAGUUGUGGACAACUCUAACUGUAUUCUUGAGAUUAAGAGAGAAUUUGGAUCCUUUGAAAAGUAUUUGUGGGGAUUUGUGAAUCACAAGCCAAUUUCCACACAAUACAAAUCAUGCCACAAGAUCCCUGUGAAGACCUCCAAAUCAGAAACCAUAAGCAAAGACAUGGUGAAGAGGGGUUUUAGGUUUGUUGGCCCCACUGUCAUUCACUCAUUUAUGCAAGCCGCUGGCCUGACCAAUGACCACCUCAUCACUUGUCAGCGACACCUGCAAUGCAUGGCCUUGGCAACCCAUCUUCCAACAGCAGCUCCAGCUUUAUGGAAUCACAUGGCAAAAAAUGACUAAAUCAAUAAUAAACCAUAUGCAGUAUUAUAUGUGUCUCAACAAGAAAAAAUAGUUUAGGUGAUAUCAAACUAUAGGUUUGGCUUUGUAAUAUAGUUGUAUAGUGAUCAGGAUAUGCAGUAAGAGCUUUGAUGGCACAGAUGGGAUAUUGAGUUCAUUAGAGAGAUGAUGAAUAAUGGCAAGUUUGAAAGGAGCAUCAGAGGAGCAGACAGCAUGUGCAGAAGGGCAGACAAUUGCAUGUGCAGAAGGGCAGGCAAUUGCAUGUGUGGGGGGUGGUGUCAAAUUGUCAAUGGCUAUCAUUAUUUAUGACCACCACCACACCCACACCUUUAUUUGUUUCCCUUAUCUUCUCCUUUUCCUUGGACUGAACUAUUCUUAUCCGAGGUUAGACUACUUCCACAUUUCUAUAUACACAGAUGACAGAACUCCCAUCCUUUUGAGACCAAGAGGGUAGCAUGCCACCAUUUCUACUCGAUUUCACCAAGGCUCCAGGCCAACAAGUUCUGAGUCAUGAUACCCUUUUCUUGUUUUUAAUUAAUUUCUAACCUGUGGGGAUAAACAAAGUUUGUUGUAUUAACUUAUUUCCAGUUUGAAUGUUCUUUCCCUUUCCUUAUACUAAAUAAAUGAUAUCAGCGUUUGCAAAGCUUA